AUGGCAUGCCAGGGUAAAGUACUCAUUAUUGAGGAUAAUUGCUGCUUCUGCAAUACAGCGGCUUUCACGUUGGCCACGGAAAAUAAGAACGUUGAUCUGUUCUUUGUUUCUUUCCGCAAUGGGCUCUAUGAGGUUCCGUUUGUGGUACUUGCUGAUCAUGAGACUCGCAGCAUUGUCAUUACAAUUCGUGGAUCUUGCUCGUUAGUGGAUCUUGUCACCGAUCUUUGCCUAGGUUUGCGAUGCAACGGUUACGCAUCAAAGUGGCCGCUGAACUGGAUGCCUCUAAACGGAGCUUUUCAGCUGUUCGCGCCAGGAAAGUUGUUGUACAUUGCCGAGGAUGAGAGUUUGGAGAAUGGAGUAUCGAGUCAAUGGAUUGAUCCUAAGUGA